AUGACUGAAGAAGAGUUAAAUACUUAUUUUAAGACAGUUAUGCCGUUAGUUAAAACAAGUGGAAGAAUGAUUAGAGAUGCUUAUUGUAAAAUGCAGGUAACUAUUGCUGGAAGUGAUGAUCAUUUAUUCACUACAGCUAACCCAAGUGUUCCAAUGAAUGAAAAAUAUGAAGAAAUAAAGAGUUUUACAAGUAAGUCAUGUUCAAUAGAUUGGGUUACAGAAACAGAUAAAGGAGUUGAGCAAUAUUUAAUAUCAUCAUUACGUGCUGCUUUCCCAACCCAUAGAUUUGUAGGAGAAGAAACUGAUGAUACUCACAAAGAAUUAACUGAUGAUCCUACAUGGAUUAUUGACCCAGUUGAUGGAACAACUAAUUUUGUUCAUGGAAUUCCAAUGUGUUGUACAUCAGUGGCAUUGUCUAUUAACAAAGAAGUAGUUAUUGGAAUUGUGUAUAACCCAAUUCAAGAAGAAUUAUUUAGUGCAAUUAAAGGAAGAGGAGCAUUUAUGAAUGGAAAACAAAUUCAUGUUAGUCAUACAACAGAAAUUAAUCAAGCAAUUAUUGGAACAAACCCAGGUUAUCGUCGUGAACGUGAAGCAAUAGAUGUUAUGUUAUUUAAUUUAAAUGAGAUAAUGACUAGAGGUGUUGCUGGAAUAAAGAUGCUGGGAAAUGCUGCAAUGGAUUGUUGUUAUGUUGCUUGUGGAAGAACAGAUUGUUUUUAUGAGAAAUAUUUAUGUGUUUGGGAUUAUGCUGCUGCUUCAUUGAUUGUAAAAGAAGCUGGUGGAAUUACAAGAACUAUAAACAACAUUAAUCCCUUGCUAUUGAAUAAAAAGUUAUUAAUUAUUGGUAACCCAUCAAUAGCAAAUCAAUUAUUUGAUAUAUUAAAACAAUAA